AUGGAGGAAGGUGGGCCUAGCAAGGAAGAGUCGACUCAGAGCAAAAGGAGCAAAAAUGCUACUGGGUUGAAAAUUCAAGAGGACAAGGAUAAUCAAAAGGAGACGGAGAAUGACUCAGAGGAUAUUAGAAAAGAUGGUAGUGAGAUGGAAACUGAUGAGUUUGGAGGAGAGGAAAGCUGGAAAGAAGAGGAUGUGGGGGAAGAGGAAGAAGGAGCUGAGGAUGUUUCCGAUCAAGAUAAUCCUACCCACAGUGAGAAGAAUAAGGAAUUUGAGCAUGAGAUGGGCAAGGAGAAUCUGAGCAAGGAUAAGGAGGAAGUUGGAGAAGGGUUAAUUCUGGAUAAUCUCAAAAACCUAUCUAAGGUUAGAAUGGGUUUUGACAGGUGGGCUUAUGAAGGAAUAAAGAAUCUAGAAAAAAAUGGGAAGCGGUGGGAAGAGAAAAGGAAGAAAGAUGAUAGAGACCAGAAGUAG